AUGCAAUCACAAGCGCCCAUCGCCAUCAUCGGUGCCGGCCCAGCGGGUCUUACUCUCGCACGGCUUUUGGAAGUCGCUGACGUACCUUAUGUUGUCUUUGAACGAGAUGUCUCUGCAUGUUGGGCGAAUGAACAUCAGAGCAGCGGUACACUCGAUCUUCACCCUAGCACUGGCCAGGCGGCCCUCCUUGAAGCCGGCUUACUUCCAAAAUUCCAAUCUCUUGCGCGCUAUGGGGUUCCUAUCACUAUAGCUGAUGCUCAGGGGAAAGUUCAUUCUCUCCUUUCCCGUGAGGGCGACGAAGAUGAGCCAGAGAUCGAUCGGAAGGAUCUACGAGACCUACUUCUGAGCUCUCUUCCGGCGUCUAAGAUCCUUUGGGAUCACAAAAUACAAAGAAUCGAGAAAGAAAACAAUGGUUCUGUGAUAAUUCAUUUCAUGCACCAGGACCCCAGAUCCGGCUUCCAGCUUGUGGUUGGCGCAGAAGGUGCCUGGUCUAGAGUUCGGGCGACGAUUAUGCCCUCCAAACCGCAAUACUCCGGCAUCCAUUUCUUUUCUUCUUUUAUCAAACCCGAGAAUCCUAUCUACCCGCUGGCUGCCUCAAAGGCAGGUACAGGAAAUUUUCUUGCCUUUGGCAAAGAACGGCAAAUAUUUCUAUACUAUCUCGGUGACGGGUCGUACCACGUUUCCGUGGGUCUGAGGCUUUCUGAGAAAGAGCUACCCAAAGAUUCUAUACUCGCGAGUGCUCCAUCAACUUUAUGGAAUACCUUUUUGCAGGAAUACUUCACAGGAUGGGCCUCAGACCUGACAGAUUUCGUGCGGUCAUGCGAUGGCAAGUUUCGCUCCUGGCCAUUGUACACCAUGACUGAGGAUGCAAUUUUAUCCUGGAAUCAUGUUCCAGGAGUAACACUUGUUGGUGAUGCUGUACACUUGACAGUACCAACCGGAGAUGGAGUUAACAAUGCCAUGCAUGAUAGCGUCAAUUUAGCGAGGCAUAUCAUUUCACAUGGCAUAGACGACCUGGAAUCAGCAACAUUAGCAUACGAGAAGGAGAUGCAGCCGCGUGCGGUGGCAGCAAUCCAGAAGGGUCAUUGGAUGACGCGUCAUAUGUUUCUAGCCGAGGGCCCGGAAGAGAUACUGGCGGCAAUGGAGACAGGAUUUGACAGCGAGUAA